CCCCCUUUCUCAAUAACAAUCAUGUCUAUAUAAUAUAGCCCAUUGCAGGAGAUCAACCAUUCAGAAAACAUUAUUUAUCAAGCCAUCAUCAUCAGAACAUAAUGGAAACAAGACUGCAGCUCACUGUGUUGUGGUUGUUGCUGCUCUGCACAGAGAUGCUUCCAGUCAUUGGAGCACCAACAGCUUGUCAGAGUCUGGGAGGGUACAGUUGGUCAGUUUGGUCGCAAUGUUCCCGGUCCUGUGGAGUUGGGGUCUCAACAAGAACAGCUCACUGUCUUGAUGGACAGUGCAGCAGUGGCUCCAAGGUGGAGUACAGGUCUUGCUGUGCACAGGUUUGCCAGUCUUCAACAGCUGGUGUAGACUUCAGAGAACAACAAUGCGGAGACAGGACGGCCGGCCUUCCUGGAGAGUGGACACUCACCCACAAUGCCACACUGGACUGCUCCUUAAACUGUGAGAAUGACCGUGGAAUUGUGUUCGUAUCUACUAUUGUGGACGGAACACCUUGUCACUCUGGGGGGAUCUGUCUUGGAAGCUUGUGUGUGGUGUUAGGUUGCGAUGGUGUGCUGGGGUCAUCUAAAGUGGAGGACAAGUGUAUGAGAUGUCUGUCUCCCUCUGACACGCAUCCUCCCUGCAUUGCAGUGCAUGCUACAGUGCAACCUUCAACAACUACAGGUACGGUUCAAGUGGUGGACUUUCCAGUGGGUGCUGCAUCCAUCGUUAUCACACACGCCCUACACCCCAACUCAGGGUCACUUUCUGUCUCGGGAGAAUCGAGUAAUCUGAUUGGUGCCGAUGCCUUCAGCUAUGAAGUGACACCGGAUGGGGAGGAAGUAUGGCGUGCAACAGGUCCACUGUCACAACUGGUCAUUGUAAAGUUGAAGGGUGUGAAUGGAACCUCUCCUCACGUCAGCUAUGAGUAUCAUCACACGGAGACACGCCCCCAAUCCGACAAGAUGCCCUCGGCAAUGGACCCACCAAUGGACGGAGAGUAUAGCUGGGCGUAUGGUUGCUAUGAUAACUGCUCGGUCGAUUGUGGAUCGGGCAUCUCAGUGGCAAGACCAGUUUGCAGAGACAGUAACUAUCCAGACAGACUUAUUCCAGAUGCCUUUUGUGAGGGUGAGGGGAACCAAAUGCCCGCCCCUCUCGUUAAGAAGUGUAACACACAGCUAUGUUUAGCAAGGUGGGUGGUUGGUGACUGGAGUGGGUGUGUGUGCCGUGACAGUGAGGUGAGACAAAUCACAUGUCAACAGCCGACCAAUGAGAAAGCUUCGUCAGCUGUUGGGGAUGCUCUGUGCUCACACUUGCCCAAGCCCGAGUCGUUAAGAGAGUGUUUCACUUCGUGUGAAACUCAGUGGAAUAUUGGGACAUGGUCCAAGUGCAUGUGUGGAGAGAGUCGCUCUAGGACAGCUUUUUGUAUGGAAGUGACUACGGGAGAGCAAGUCAACACAAUGUAUUGUAACCAGAGCAACCAACCGUCCACGGAGGAGGCGUGUCCGUGCUCCACACAAUGUACCUGGCUGUUCCAAAGAUGGAAAAAGUGCUCCAAUACGUGUGGUUCGGGUGUCCAAUUUGGAGUGUUGAAAUGUAAGAAUACUACAAGUGGUAAAAAAGUUCCUGGUUGUUGUGAGGGACAAGUUAAACCAGCUGAUCCAGUACGAGACUGCUACGAUGACAGGAGGGGCAAUUGUGAAGUAAAAUGGCACAUCAACAUGAUGAAGUGUGUUGGAAACUGUUGUGGACAACAGACUCAGGAGGUCGAGUAUGUUUGUGGAGCUGAUCAGGGUGGAGAGAUAGUGAUAUUCCCUCCCGAGUGGUGUGAGGGGUUGGAGCGACCGCCCCCUGAGCCUCUGUCCAGUUGCCCUAGCUCUGAGUGCGUUGAGUGGAGUGUGGGGGAGUGGGGUGUGUGUCCGUGUGGAGGCCUGGGGUUCAGGAACAGAAAAGUGUCUUGUGUGAGAGGAGACAGCGAAGUGGACCCGGAGGUGUGCUCCCAAUGUUUUGGACCAGUCAGUAGCGUACAGGUCUGCAAUGGAGUUACGCCGUGUACUGAACCCCCUCCACCAACCCAACCACUGUGUGUGGAUACCUUACCUCCGGAUAUCUGUCAUGAUGUGCCGAGACCGUGUGCUAAAUUACAUAGAGAAGCGUGCUGUGCGUCGUGUCUAUAGCACUUAGCUCGAUAUAUCGGCUCAAACCAUCUCAUUUCAAUCACCAAUCUCUGACUUUCAUCGUGUAUGUAUGUAUGCAAUAAUUAUGUAUUUCCCAACCAGCCUACUUUGCUGUUUUUAAUAAUUUAUUAUUAAUCCAUUUUUAUGGCACAUGUACACACGUUAUGUUUUUAAUUUACUGUUGACUACACAGUGUAAUGAUAUCACAGUAAGCAAAUCAGAUGAAUUGAUUU